AUGAAUUCAAUUGGAUUUCUAAAGCUGUCCGAGCACGCUUUCGUCCCGUAUAGACACACAAACAAAGCAGCAGGCUUAGACCAAAGAUCACCAAUUAGGGUUACUAUUCCUGCAAAUGGGAGAGCUUGUGUGUUGUUAGAUCUAGCAGUUACUCUGCCUGCCAAUUGUUAUGGCAGAAUUGCACCGAGAUCUGGUCUCGCGUUAAAAAAAUGUAUUGAUGUGGCAGGCGGAGUGAUUGAUGCGGAUUUCGCUGAGCCUGAGGUUAACAUGAUUGAAGGUGAUGAUAUUGAUAAACCUUCAGUUUCAAAAAGAACUCAUGAGCCCAGUGUUAAGGUUUCCCUUAAGAGAAAAAGAAAUCGUUCACCAUCCCCAUCUGAAUCAUCUGAAGCAUCAUCGGGUGAUGAACAUUCCGAGGCUUCUGAUUCUGGAUCUGAAUCAGAUAACUCAGACAAGAUGGAGGUAAGCUCGGAAGGGGAGAUGGAAACGGACGAUGAAAGUGUUGCUCGAACACAUGGACAGUAUAGACCAUUGCGAGGAAGCACCUAUAUUCCUCUACCAAAAGAAAUCGCAUUAAAGAAAGCUGUCAUCAACCCUAAGAACCAUCGGGAUUGA